GGUCGUAACCUGGCUGACCUGAGGAGGAGUAUGACUCGGGGAACCUUCAGCAUCAGCACCACGCUGCGUCUGGGGCGGCAGAUCCUGGAGGCCAUCGAGAGCAUCCACUCUGUGGGCUUCCUGCAUCGUGACAUCAAACCGUCCAAUUUCGCAAUGGGCCGCUUCCCGAGUACGUGUCGGACCUGCUACAUGCUGGACUUCGGUUUAGCUCGUCAGUUCACCAACUCCUGCCAGGAGGUCCGACCUCCUCGUCCAGUGGCAGGGUUCAGGGGAACUGUCCGAUAUGCAUCCGUCAAUGCACACAAGAAUAAGGAGAUGGGUCGUCACGAUGAUCUGUGGUCUCUCUUCUACAUGCUGGUGGAGUUUCUGGUCGGGCAGCUGCCAUGGAGGAAGAUCAAGGACAAAGAACAUGUGGGGAAGCUGAAGGAUACUUACGACCACCGUCUCAUGCUCAAACACCUGCCGGCAGAGUUUGGUGUUUUCUUGGAACACAUCGCCACACUCGACUACUUCACAAAGCCAGACUACCAGCUGCUGAUGUCAGUGUUUGACAACAGCAUGAAAACCUACAAUGUUGUGGAGAAUGACCCUUAUGACUGGGAGCGGACCGGCACUGAUGGCACUUUUACAAUCAGUGCUAGUGCCACAACACCGCAACAUCACACACGCCUCACUCCGGCACACAUGGGUAUGGCGAAUGCCUCCCUGAUCCCUGGCGACCUGAUGAGGGAAAACACAGACGAGGUUCUGCAGGACGAGCAGCUCAGCGACGCGGAGAACAACCCAGCCCCGGACCGCCUGCCGGGAUCCCCCCUCCACCCCCACCGCAACCAGGAGGCGGACGUGUGGGAGGAGCUGGACCGCAACCGUAACCGCAUCAGGACGGCGGUCUGGAAGGCGGCAACGGAGGAGGAACACAGCAACAACCAGGGCAACCACGCAAACCAGAACCCCUACGUUGGGCCGAGUCUCGGAUCUCCAGUCAAACUGCACUCUGAGCUGGGGGCGUCAGACCGCGAUGGCCCCUUGCUGAGGAAGAUCCGCAACAUUCACAGUCUGGAUAUAGAGAGGAGGCUCAGCCUAGAAGCCAAACCCAGUCCAGAGCGCUUCCUGGAGACCUGGUAUGUCUAUCAA